UAUCUGCCAUUGUCAUAACUCUUUCUUCCCAUUUUUUUUAUUUUUUAUUUUUUUGCUUCUAUGGCUAUGAUAACUUCACUAACUAUGAAUUUUCCUCACAUUUCUACUCAUAAUAACUAUAACAAUAUUUAUUCAAAUCAAAAAUUUUCUACAGUAUGUACUAAUAAUACUUGUAAUUUGUCAUCAAGAUCUUCAUUAGUACCUUUAAUAUGGCCAAUUUCUUUGAAUUCUCUCCAUUUAUCGAAGCAACUAACCGCAUAUCACUAUGUGAAUCAACGGAUACAUUUGAGGAAAAAUCGCAAAAUGAAGGUGAUAUGCGGUAGAAGUGAGCCGUUAAAGGUGAUGAUAUCGGGUGCUCCUGCAUCCGGUAAAGGGACUCAAUGUGAAUUAAUUGUACAAAAGUUUGGGUUGGUGCACAUAUCAACCGGUGAUCUUCUACGAGCUGAAUUAUCAGCUGGUACAGAUAUCGGAAAUAAAGCCAAGGAGUACAUGAACUCUGGUCGCCUGGUUCCUGAUGAGAUUGUAACAGCUAUGGUGACAGCGCGAUUAUCAAGGGAAGAUGCAAAAGAAAAAGGGUGGCUUCUGGAUGGGUAUCCACGAAAGUUGGCCCAAGCAGAAAGUCUGGAAAGGUUGAACAUCAGACCAGAUAUCUACAUCGUGCUUGAUGUUCCUGAUGAGAUUCUUAUUGACAGAUGUGUCGGUAGAAAGCUAGAUCCUCUCACGGGUAAGAUAUACCAUGUUACUCAUUUCCCUCCAGAGACCGAGGACAUCAAAGCAAGGCUCAUAACUCGUCCUGAUGACACGGAAGAAAAGGUGAAAUCACGUCUGCAAAUAUACAAGCAAAAUGCUGAAGCAAUACUACCAGUGUACUCGAAUAUAAUGAAAAAGGUGGAUGGGAACAGCGAUAAAGAUGCAGUGUUUGAGGAAAUUGAUUCCUUAUUGUCACGUGUGCAGAAAGAGGAACAAGAUGCAAGAAAAUCAGAAGCAGCAGUAAUUUCCAGUACUCGAGCUGAUAUAACAUCUUUGAAUAAGGACUGGAGAGGAAUACCGACUAGACUGAAUAACAUUCCUCACUCGAGAGAAAUCAGGGAAUAUUUCUACACCGAUGUGCUUCAGGCUACUCAAAGAGCUGUCAAUGAUGGGAAAACUCGACUAAAGAUCGAAAUCAGUAUCCCGGAGCUGAAUCCUUCAAUGGAUGUUUAUCGAAUAGGUACGCUAAUGGAACUUAUUCGGGUACUUGCUCUUUCAUUUGCUGAUGACGGAAAGCGUGUCAAGGUUUGUGUUCAAGGUUCUAUGGGGGAAGGUGCACUCGCUGGGAUGCCUUUGCAGCUUGCAGGAAGUCGAAAGAUAUUAGAGUUCAUGGAUUGGGGUGAUUAUGGCGCGUUGGGCACCUUUGUCAACAUUGGUUCGAUAGGUGGCAAGGAGGUUGGCGAACAAGACGACUUGUUCAUUCUAGUGGCUCCCCAGAAUGCUGUCGGAAAUUGCAUCAUAGAUGAUAUGAAAGCGAUGACUGAUGCUGCUGGAAACCGACCAGUUAUACUUGUCAACCCCAAACUAAAGGAUUUACCGGGUUCAAGCGGUAUUAUGCAAACAAUGGGUAGAGAUAAGAGAUUGGAAUAUGCCGCAUCGUUUGAGAUAUGCUACCAGUUCCGGCUACUCUACUAUGCCGGAACGCAAUAUCCUAUUAUGGGCGCACUCAGGAUGUCGUACCCAUACCCUUACGAGUUAUACAAGAGAGUCGAUGAAUCGCCUGGGAAGGAAAAAUACAUAUCCUUGGCAACAUUCGCAAAGAGGCCAAGCGUUGAUGAAAUGAACGAUGCAUUUGAAGGAAAACCAAGAAAUCAAGCAAAAAGAGCACAGGGGUUCUGGGGCUUCUUGAGUGGCAUACUAUAAGCGUCUAUGGAGAAUGCAAUGAACAUCAUGACAAGGAUUCAACUUCUACUUUUUGAACAUCCAAAAUUGACGAUGCUACAUCAAUCAUCUCGUGUUUUAGUCUUCUGGCACAUAUCGAUGGUAAAGUGUACAUACAUUGCAUCGCAGAGCGUUUCGACAAAAAGAAUUGUAACGGAUCGACCUUAUUCUAUGUAUGGAUAUAUUUCUUGUUCAUGUCUCUCUAGUAUGGAAGUUGAAGCUUUCAUUGAUCUUUUCAAUGCUACUUUCUCACAAGAACUCAGUUGAGAAGAAGACAUCUUGUAACUUUUGAUGUAAAUUCAGUGUGUGUGUGUGUGGAAUUCAUAUGUGUUAAUGAGGAAA